UUCAUUCAUAGGGGAAAAGAAAUUUGUGUACCAUCAAUGCAUUAAUUUUCGUAUUUCUUGCUUUUAAUCAUUAUUAUUUUUACAUAUUAAAAUUACUUUUCAUCGCCGCUCAUACUAACACUCUCUCUCUCUCUCUCUAUCUAUCUAUAUAUAUAUAUAUAUAUAUAUAUUCCACACAUAUAUCAUCAGAGAGACAGAAGAAAUUAGAAGACAGUGAGAGAGGUUGUGAUGGCAAGAAACGACUAUCUUCCACUCUUCCACACAAAAUCAGGCAAAGGACUUGUCUCAUUCCGACUGUUUGCAGCUUCAAUCUUCGCCGGCGUCUGGCUGAUCUUGGUGCAUAGGGUCAUCCACAUGCCAUCCAACAAAGGAAAUACACUAGCAACUUGGGCUUGGAGUGGAUUGUUUCUUUCUGAACUCUGGUUCGCGUUCUACUACCUCAUCAAUGUCCUUGUUAGAUGGAACCCUGCCUACCGUAACACUUUUAAAGACCGCCUCUCCCUCAGAUAUGAGAAGGUGUUGCCAGGGAUAGACAUAUUUGUAUGCACCGCGGACCCCACGGUAGAGCCACCAAUCAUGGUUAUAAACACAGUGUUAUCAGUCAUGGCUUAUGACUAUCCACCGGAGAAGCUCAGUGUUUAUCUAUCUGAUGAUGGUGGGUCCGACUUGACAUUUUACGCCAUGUUAAUGGCCUCGCGGUUUGCAAAGGAAUGGCUUCCAUUUUGCAGAAAGUUCAAAGUAGAACCCAGGUCCCCUGAGGCUUAUUUUCAGACAGCUCCUGAACCACUUGAUAAUAAUACUCUAUUGGCCAAAGAGUGGACCUCCAUCAAGAAACUAUACGAGGACGUAAAGACAAGAAUUGAAAGCACCACAAAGACAGGCCGAAUUUCAGGAGAAAUACGCAAAGAACACAAGGGUUUUCUGGAGUGGGACUAUGUUUCCAGUCGACGUGACCAUCAAACUAUUCUUCAAAUUCUUAUCGAUGGAAGACAUGCCAAGGCUGUGGAUUCUGAAGGACAACCUUUGCCAUCUCUUAUAUACUUGGCACGAGAAAAACGGCCUCAAUACCACCACAACUUUAAAGCAGGAGCCAUGAAUGCUCUGAUAAGGGUGUCAUCGAGGAUAACCAAUGCUCCAAUAAUUCUUAACGUGGAUUGUGACAUGUACUCAAGCAAUUCAGAGUCGGUGAGAGAUGCUCUAUGCUUCUUGCUGGAUGAAGAUAAGGGGAAGGAGAUUGCUUAUGUACAGUUUCCUCAGGUCUUUGGCAACCUCACCAAGAAUGAUGUUUACGGCAGCUCUUUACGUAUUUCAAGCAAGGUCGAGCUUCAUGGAUAUGAUGGUUAUGGAGGACCUUGCUAUGUUGGUAGUGGAUGCUUUCACAGAAGGGAAUCCCUUUCUGGGAAGAAGUACAAUGGCAUGGCAUGUCAAGAAGACUGGAUGAGCAACAAGGUCGACAUUAUAAAGAAAGAAGAAAAUGCACAUGUAUUGGAAGAAAUAUGUAAAGUUCUUGCAAGUUGUAGCUAUGAAGAAAACACUCAAUGGGGAAAGGAGAUGGGUUUGAAGUAUGGUUGUCCAGUGGAAGACAUUUUGACAGGCUUAUGCAUACAAUAUAGAGGUUGGAAAUCGGUCUACUUUAAUCCAGAGAGGCCAGGUUUCUUAGGGGUUGCUCCAACAACUUUGCUUCAAUCACUUGUACAACAUAAGAGGUGGUCCGAAGGAGAUUUUGAAAUCUUUCUAAGAUACUGUCCUUUCUUGUACGGACACAAAAAGAUCUCACUUGGACUUCAACUUACAUACUGCCUUUAUUUGCUGUUGGCUCCAAACUCAUUGGCCACACUUUACUAUGUGACUGUUCCAUCACUUUGCCUGCUAAGAGGAAUCUCUUUAUUUCCACAGGUUUUGAACCCAUGGGUGAUACCAUUUGUGUAUGUCUUCUUUGGCAACUUUGCAUACAGCCUUGUUGAAUUCGUACACCAUGGAGGGACAUGCAUAGAGUGGCUGAAUGAUACAAGGAUGUGGGUAUAUAGAAGAACAACUUCGUUCUUGUUUGGAUUUUGUGACAACAUCUUCAAGUUAUUGGGGUUCUCAAAAUCAGCCUUUGUUGUCACUGCAAAGGUGGUGGAUGAGGAUGUUUCCGAGAGAUACGAGCAAGAGCUUAUGGAGUUUGGUACUGCUUCUCCAUUAUUUACCAUUUUGGCCACAUUGGCAUUGCUCAAUGCAUUUGUUCUUGUUUGGGGAAUAAAAAGGCUGCUGAUCUUGGAGGAUCCGAAUAUUAAUUUGGGUCAGAACCCAUUUAGUUUGCAGAUUAUUCUAUGCAGUCUUUUGGUUUUCAUCAAUGUACCACUUUACAAAGCUCUCUUUUUGAGGAAGGACAAAGGAAGAAUGCCUUCUUCAGUAGCAAACAAGUCACUAGUGUUUGCUUUGGCAGCUUGUUUACUAGCCCUUCGAUAUUAGAACAAAGUUUUUUUGUUAUUGCUUGCAUUUGGAUGAUUUUUUGUGUCAAUGUACUCUUCUACUUUCAAAUGCUGUACAAGGAGAAGAUGUACUAUUGGUUAUUUUUGGAUGGUCGUUUUUUUGUGUCCGGAGGAAUUUAUUGUAUGGCAUCCACUAGUCUAUUCUGUAGCACUUUAUGUAGUUCUUCAAGAAUUUGUUCUAAUAUCAAAUCUACUCUUUUUCUUUUCA